AUGAAAUCUGAUGGAACAAAACCAAGUCGAACAAGAAAAAUAACACAACCUGUCAUCUCCUUACCUAAAAUUCAUAAGAGUAACAAAAUGAUUGAAAAAAAAUUCACUAAUAAUUUAAUUUAUAAUGAGAUAUUAGACACUCUUUCAACACAAAAUGCAGAAAUGUUUUAUCAAAGGGUUAUAGAAAAAAUAUCAAAUGAGAAUAAAACAAUUAAUGAAGAAGUUAGUGAGAUUAAAAAAAAUAAGAACAAUAGUAUUAAAGAAUAUAUUGAGCAGAUUAUUAGUCAUAAAGAAUAUGAAAAAUUAAAAAUAACUAUUCAAAGAAAAAUGAUAGUAUUAAUACCAACAAUAGAAGAAAAUAUUUUAUUAGAAAUUGUUGAUAAUAUUAUUUAUAAUUUAUUAAAGUAUGGUAGUAUGAUUCAACAUUGGAAAGAAUUUUCUUUUGAUAUUGAUAAAACAAAAAUACAAAAUGAAAUAAUAAAACAAAUAAUAAAACAAUAUAAGAAAAAUGAAAUUAUAUUACAAUCAUUAUUUGUUGAUUCAAUUAUGAAAUUCUCAGAAAAAUUGUUUUGUAAAGAACCAAUUGAAAUAAAAGAUAUUUAUCCUAAUAAUAUAUGUAUAGAUGAAAGUUAUAUUAUUUUUGAUUUAUUAUUAUUCAAAGAAAUAAUUGAAAAAGGAUAUGGAAUGUAUGAAUCUUAUUUUAAUAAUGUUGCAAUUCAAAGAUUUAUUGAAAGUAAAUUUGGGGUUAUUGAAAAAAAAGUUCAAAUUCAAAUUAUUAAGAAUCGAAUUGGAUUCUUAUUGUUUCUUUUUAACAUUUAA